CUUGACUUCUGCCAAACCUGCCGCCCAUUGCCUCUCUCCCUUGAAGUCCCUUCUCCCUUCUUCCGUUUAAGGUUCUUGAUUUGUGGUACAGACUAGAAAUCUUUAUCCUGCCAUGUCAGGGGACCCUUUCCCCGGCGCGCCGGCGUCGGGUGCCCCACCGGCUCCGUAUGCGCGGCAGCAGAACUACAGCUUCAACGGGCGCGUCCUGCUCAUGGCCGCCUUCCUCCUCUUCGCCCUCACCAUCUUCUUCACCCUCAUCCGCUUCUUGCUGUACGUGCUCGUGGCGCGGUCGGGCGGCCGCCGUCGCCGCGGCAGCUUCACCGCCGGCAUCCUGCGGUCCAUCAACUCGUUCGGCGCAACUAGCGGCCGGCGUGGGCUGGACGCCUCUGCGCUCUCCGCGCUGCCGGUCACCACGUACCGGAAGGAGGGCGCCGCCACCGCCGGGGCUGACUGCGCCGUGUGCCUGUCGGAGCUCGCCGACGGAGAAAAGGUGCGGGAGCUGCCCAACUGCGGGCACUCGUUCCACGUGGAGUGCGUCGACGCGUGGCUGCGCUCCAGGACGACGUACCCGCUCUGCCGCGCCGAGGCUGAGCUGCCCAAGGGGAACGGCAAGGCGGAGGCGGCGGUGCAGUCGUCGUCGUCGUCAUCGUCGUCUGCCAGGGACCCGCCGCAGCAGGCGUUGUUCGGUGCAGGAGGAACCUUGAUCGUGACCGUGCAAGGUGGCUUCCCGGACACCCAAAGGGGCGUGCGCGGGUCAACAUCGGGGUAGGAGGUCAGUCGGGAUCUUCCUAUUCGUAGAUUGCAGGGAAAUUUCAAAGGGUACUGCGGCACAUGCAUAUACUAGAGGUUAGACCGUGUUUCAUGCACAAGUUGGGCACAACCAUACGAAACGCCAUUUUCUUUUUGUCUGUUUGAGCCAAAGUCACCCAUUUGUUUGUUUGUUGUAUUCCGAGGAGAGCAUAAGAAACUCAUAUGUUGUUAAUUGGACAAGUCUAGGUAGCGGCCGGCUGCUCGCUGGGCUUCGCGAGCGGCCGGCCUAAAAUAGAAAUAUUUUUGUCUACUUGAUUAAUAUUAAUAAGAAAAACAA